AUGGCAGGAGGGCCCCCUAGCAUGAAGGAGGAGAUAGAAAUGUGCAUAGCUGAAGAAGUGGGGCCUGGAAGCCAUGGGAAAACUCAAGAGCAACUGGUGAUAGCAGAAAUGAUGGAGCAUGGAUCCUGGUCACUAGGUGCUCCCCAGAGGCGACAGAAGUUGGAACCAAAGGCUUCUGGUUCUUCUGCAAGCCAAACAGUUUGGACUAUGGGUGCUACCCGGCCCAAAAAAUUGGGGCACCAGCUGCAGAAGCCCAGAAUGUCAAGAGAGACAGUGCAUGGCAGUGCCCAUCCCCAAGAGUAUCCAGGCAGCUUGCAAGGCAUGAGGUUCCAUUAUGAACGCAACUCAGAUGCAAGUAUGGCAGCAGAGAUUGGCCUGGAAGAGCUCAAUGGACUGGAGAUGGAAAUCAUGAGAAGACAGCUGCACAUGAUCACUGGACGCCUGCGUGCCCUCGAGGACCAGGGCGCCACCUGGCGGCACAGGGAGGCUGUGUUCUUCACCAUGCUGGUGUCUGCCUGCAUCGCCAACCUGUGGCUAUGGAUGCGCCAGUGA